AUGUCUGAAUCCGAGGAUACAACUGAUCCAGGUGCUAACAUUCUUGGUGAAUAUUGCCCAUUCAUUGCUGAUGUUCCAAUUACAUCAUAUGCAGAGCCAUUUCCUAUUCCAAAUCCUGACACAAGAACUGAAGAAGAAAUCAACCAAGUUAAGCAGAAUUUAAAGAGAUUAACGAAUAGCAAACAUUUCAACCCUCCAUUACCACUCGCAGACUUCUGUUUGAUCGCAAAAGACCGUUGGGAGAAUGAUGAUUCUGACGGAUCAGAAUGCUCAUUAGGAGUCUGCAAGCUUGUAUAA